CUCCACAACACUCUAAUCAGCAAGCAACUCAUUCUAUAACAUUUCAUUUUUUUUCCCUAAAAUAUUUUCUUAUUCCAAAACAAAGUGUACUGCAAAAAUGUCUUUAAUGCCUCUAUUUAACGGUCGCAAAAACCAUGCACGUCGUGUACAAAAUUCUCCGCCAGCAACAACAAAUACGCCUCGAUCCCAAAAAAAUCAGGAUCAUUCUGAUUUUUAUGAUCCAACAACAACAAAAAUGAAUCAAUUUAAAACAAAUCGAGGUGAGCAAGAUCUUUAUAAUUAUCCACCACCAACAACAAAUCAGGGUCGACAAAAUCCUAUUAAUCAACUAGCAACAACAAGAAUCACACAUCAAUCUAAAACAAGUCGAGGUCAUCCUUACAAUCCCUCUCAUCAAUUUUAUCUCGAAACCCCUCGAUCUCUCAUAGCACCAGCACUAUCAUUUCCACAUGAACUUUCAAUUCCAGCUCUAAUUGACUAUAAAGUAACCCCAGAGGCACAUAUUUUUAGAGCAAAUUUGCAUGGAUACAAGAAAGAAGAAGUGAAGGUACAAGUGGAAGAUGAUAGAGUCCUAAAGAUUAGUGGGGAGAAAAAAAUAAUACAAAAAGAAUAUGACAAUUGGCACCAUUUUCAGAAAAAACUUGGGAAGUUUUCAACGGUUUUUAACUUGUCUGAGGAUGCUAGGGUUGAUAAAGUGAAAUCGUCAAUGGAGAAUGGAGUGCUUAUUGUUACUAUUCCUAAGAAGGAAGCGCCCAAGAAAUCAUACGUUAGAACAGUUCGAAUAUUCUGAUAUAUAUAUAUAUAUAUAUAUAUAUAUAUAUAUAUAUAUAUAUAUAUAUAUAUUAUAUUUCGUGUCAAAAAAAGUUACUGUUGAAUCGUUGAAUAGAGGGUACGUACAUCAGCUAUUAUUAAUAUAGAUAAUGUGAAAUAAGAAGGGAAAAAAAUAAAGGGAAGUGCUAUAAGGUCUUUUAGUUAAUGGAGUCAAUUAAGUAAUUAAGUAUAUAUGCUUGUGUAAUAUCAGUAGCUCUUCAUAAAUAAAGGGGUAUUUUGAC